CUACCGUGCCCAAAAAGUUUCCUUCAUUUUUAUUAAUUUUUAUCACCCGUUUCUUUCUCGCCAAACAGACAAUGAAUCAGUACAAAACACUCCAAAUCAUCCAAAAAAAUCCGGAUUCACGAGUAAUUCACUUGAACCUAAACCGUCCAAAUCAUCGAAACGCACUCUCCCUCGAUUUCUUCACCGAAUUCCCGCACGCCCUCGCAUCACUCGACCAAAACCCUAACGUCAACGUGAUUAUCCUCGCCGGCUCCGGUGACCACUUCUGCUCCGGAAUCGACCUCACAGCAUUCAAUUCGAUCACCAGUCAGUCGCGAUCCGGUGAUCGCGGCCGUGCCAGCGAGCAGUUUCGGCGAGAAAUUAAGCUUCUGCAAGACGCGAUAACUGCGAUAGAGAGGUGCCGGAAACCGGUGAUCGCCAGCAUUCAGGGCGGGUGCAUUGGUGGCGGUGUUGAUUUGAUAACUGCGUGUGAUAUUAGGUUUUGUUGUGAGGGUUCAUUUUUCAGUGUUAAAGAGGUUGAUUUGGGGAUAGUUGCGGAUCUUGGUACCCUCAAGAGAUUGCCCGGUAUUGUCGGGUUUGGUAAUGCUAUGGAAUUGGCUUUAACGGGUCGGAGGUUUUCGAGCCGGGAGGCGAAGGAGUUCGGGCUUGUUUCUCGGGUUUUUGGGUCCAAGGAGGAUUUAGAGGAGGGUGUCAGACUUGUUGCUGAGGGAAUUGCUGCAAAGUCUCCUCUAGCUGUGACCGGGACAAAAUCAGUUUUAUUAAGAAGCAGGGAUAUGAAUAUGGAACAGGCACUGGAUUAUGUUGCGACAUGGAAUACUGCAAUGCUUAUAUCUGAUGAUCUAAAGGAGGCUAUCACAGCACAAUCCCAGAAAAGAAAGGCUGUUUUUGCAAAAUUAUAAGGUCGUUUUUGCAAAUGUUUCUCACGGAGGCUUUUCACCCGUACAUGCAGUAAAAUAACCGGCUUUCUUGUUCUCCGAAAAUAAAUCUUAUAAGUUGUAAUACUUGCUCUGGUUUUCUGUUCUGUCAAUUAAUGUAGAUACUGUAUUCCACUGCUUAGCAUUGGAUGCUUGGUUCGGCUCUCAUAGUUUGUAAGGUGUAUAUGUGGGUAAUUGAUCCUGAAGAUCAUUGAAUUUUAAUUUUUUUUCAUUUCAAAUAUUAAAUUUCAAAUUAUUUGGUUUUUGUCA